GACGAGUUUCUUCAGUAGCAUUUGUUAAUCUUGCUUUGAAACGUAGAGCGCGGAAUCUAACGAUAGAAAUUCGUCGUGAGAAAAAGUCGAUCGUGUUUGUUGCUUAAAAGGAUACAAAUUUUUCUCCCAUUUAAAAGUCAACCAGUUAUGAUUUGAUUCAAGAAAAGAAUUUUCUUUAACGUAACGCUGCAAGCAUUUCCCCGCAGCAAGCGACGUCAAGUCGAAUUCUCGAGCUUCGCUAAUUGAAUUCCGGCCGCCGCAAUGUGGCCUGGAGUAUUACUUCUACUACUGUUACUAGCAGUCCUGCUGCAUCCAUCAAGAUGCUCGCAGGUAAAGGUGAACUAUCGGGAGAAGGAAAAGCAGGUGUUGGACAACAUCUUAGGGCCAGGACGAUACGACGCGCGUAUCCGGCCGAGCGGGGAAAAUGGAACAGAUGGGCCGGCCAUUGUCCGGGUAAACCUGUUUGUGCGAAGCAUCGCGACAAUUAGUGACAUCAAGAUGGAAUACUCCGUACAAUUAACAUUUCGGGAACAAUGGUUAGACGAGAGACUUAAAUUUAAUGACUUCGGAGGUCGACUGAGAUAUUUAACAUUAACAGAAGCCAAUCGCGUAUGGAUGCCGGAUUUAUUCUUUUCAAAUGAGAAGGAGGGUCAUUUUCAUAAUAUUAUUAUGCCCAACGUUUAUAUACGAAUCUUUCCAAAUGGUUCGGUUCUUUACAGUAUACGAAUAUCAUUGACACUCUCGUGCCCCAUGAAUUUGAAAUUGUAUCCUCUGGACAAACAAGUUUGCUCGCUACGCAUGGCCAGUUACGGAUGGACGACUACCGACUUGGUCUUCCUUUGGAAAGAAGGUGAUCCCGUCCAGGUUGUUAAGAACUUACACCUGCCUAGGUUCACCCUUGAAAAAUUUCUCACCGAUUAUUGCAACAGUAGAACCAAUACCGGAGAGUAUAGUUGCCUGAAAGUAGACCUGCUCUUCAAAAGAGAAUUCAGCUACUAUCUCAUCCAAAUUUACAUCCCCUGCUGCAUGCUCGUCAUUGUCUCCUGGGUCUCUUUUUGGCUGGAUCAAAGUGCCGUACCUGCUCGAGUAUCGUUAGGCGUGACAACACUAUUGACGAUGGCCACACAGACAUCGGGAAUAAAUGCCUCACUGCCACCAGUCUCUUACACAAAGGCCAUCGACGUUUGGACGGGGGUAUGCCUGACCUUUGUAUUUGGUGCGCUUCUCGAAUUCGCCCUGGUGAAUUAUGCGUCGCGCAGCGAUAUGCACAGUGACAACAUAAAUAAAAAAUUCUCACCGAGUGAGAUGGAACACUCCUCCUCGGUCGAUCCAACAUCGGAGGUCCUCGACGCGGACGGUUCGGCGAAUUUCGCUAUGAAGCCUCUGGUCCAACACCCGGAGGAUACCAUGUCGAUGGAUAAGAUGCAGCAGUGCGAAAUACAUAUGCAACCGCGAAAAAAAAACUGCUGCAGGUCGUGGCUGUCCAAGUUCCCGACGAGGUCCAAGCGCAUCGACGUCAUCUCACGAAUUUUCUUCCCCAUCGUAUUCGCUAUCUUCAACCUGGCGUACUGGUCCACGUACCUGUUCCGGGACGAAGCGGAGGGCGAGUAAAUCUCGACGAGGAAGCGCUCGGAUCAAGGGAUGUGGUUCGCGGCCAUCCCCACCAUUAUUCCCACGAAAGAACACAUCGUUCGCGUCCUAAACAUCGACACUAUCACCAUCACCAACACAAUCAUCAACAUCAACAUCAGCAU